AGCAGUCAAAGGUGCCCGGUUCUCAGGUGGCAUGACGGGGGUGGUCAGCACUCAAUCCUCUCGCGCUCUCUCUCUCUCUCUCACAGUCGUUGCGCAUUUGAUCACAUGUUCACAUAGAGCAGGCGGCGGGGCGGUUUUAAGUGCUUGCCAGUACGGUACGAGAAGAAGGUAGAAUAAGUGAACACCGUGAGUCAACUGACAGCUCGGGUGAGCAAUCGUUUUCGCAGUCGUUCGUUCGUGAAGUUGAGAUCGGAUUGAAAGUGCUGGGAACAGUUCAGACUCCACAGCAGGAUCUGCUUCCAACUACCGACUCUCAUUGGAGGUGGUCAGAUAUGCAGACGUUCGUGGGGUCUAAGUUAGUAUAAGCGCCAUAUAAGUGGCGAUAUUACUCAUUAAUGAUGAUCACUUUGCCUGCAAACCGCCGUCAAACCAAGUAGCUAUGGCCAUCUGCCGCAACUACAAGCAGCAGCAGGAGCUGUCUGGAAGGUCGGUCGAGUCAAAGCAGCGAGAGCCCAGCGGCAGGCUUUUUCGGUCCUUUUUUUAACAGCUCAAUCAGACAUGCGCAUGCUUUCAUGUUGGAAAACGACUAGACAGCAAACAUCCAGCAAAUUCGUCAUAAAGUGCAGGGGCGGGAACUGAUGGAUAACCCUUGCCUGCUCGGACCUCACUGUCUCUUACAUGGCUGGAUUGAAAGAUACCUCUCACUUACUCAACGCUCACCUCUCACUUACACCGCCCGGGGCCGGCACGGUCGGUCUGGGCUCGUGCAGCAAAGUGGAUAGCUGGAAUUUAGUCCAUAGUCUCAUCAUGUGAACAACCGAUAACGAUGUGGACCAGAGUUACGGAUGUAUCUAUGCGACUUGAAAUGUAUCGUACAUGUCUACGACGGGUGUAUGAGAGAGGAGGGUACCGGGUCGUAAUGAGCGAAAUGAGCAGCAACUUGACAGUCGUGCACGACUGUCACAUUUAAAUUAUUCUCGUCGAGUCAGCCCAGCUGCUGCUGCUGCAGCUGCUGAUGCUGAUGGAGCUGCAGCUGGCUCUGAGUUGAUGCAUUAUAAGUCGGGUCGUGGUACUUGGAAUGUGAAAUGUCAUGGUACUUCCGCUGGUCGAAGUCAUCAGGACACACAGCCUCGUAUGCAUGACUGGCUGCAAGUAUGAAUGUGGGGCGGUGCAGUAGUGAUGCCUCAACGACCUCAGCCUCGGCUUCUAGUGGGUCCAACUUGUUCUUACUUGUUUCAUUGAAUGGAGACAAGGGAGAAUUCAGGUUGAUGAAAACGAUGGAUCGUCCACUUUUUUAGCAAUCAGAGUUUCGCGAUUUGCCAUCGAGCUAGAUUGUGUGAGAGCUCAUCUGACGGUACUGCGUGGUCUUCAUUCGUACGCAGUGUUUUCUUAAGAGUGACAUGCUGUUGUACCGGUUGAAGUCCCAGCAAGUGAGGGGGACGGAUUAAAGGCACUCAGUCUACUGCGUCACGAGGAAUAUGUUGAGUUGCAGGCAAAGAUUAGAGAGCUUUUCACUGAAGCUCGAUGCGAUGGGUCCCGAUGCCAAAAGCAAACUCGUGUCCGACUCGUACGAACAAGUUAGACGUGACUGUAAACAGUAGAGCAGAGAGCAGGGAGCAGAGAAGGUGCCCAUCUCCAGAGUCAGCAGUCUACGAUAACAACACCACCACUCCUAAAAUUACCUACUUUGGUCAGGAACUUUUCCUAUUUUUUCGUGUGACACAUCUUUCUAUCUCUCUAGCUUUCCAUCCAUCACCUUUCAUGCUGCUGGCGCUUUCGCACUGUGUCCGCUGUAUACCAAUGUCAUCCGACCGGGGCUCAGGUAGCUCGCUAGGUAUGACCGCGAAGUCAUCGAACAAUUACUCUUCGUGCCGACAGAUACCUGGUCGCGUUUCUAACAGAUCAGUCCUAGCACUGCUAAUCAGUUCUGACAACGUUGCUGGUCCUUGCCAGCGAGAUUGUGACUAUAUUUUUAGGCCUGCAGUAGCCAUCAAUUCUUGCAACAAGCAUAGUACUCGUCGCUGUAAGCUGACAAGGACAUGCGAGUCAAAAGUCCAACACCGUAAUAUUAACACCGUGUGCACAGCUAGCUCUCCUGUGGUCUAGAUAUCUGUUUGGGCUAAGCCACGGGAGCGAGGCUUUUUUCUCCAUUUUGUGGUUUGGCUCGAGUAUGCGCAGGCGGUUUCGAUCGCGAUCGGGGAUGGAUGAACUACGAGUCGAACCGAAGAUUGGAGUGUGAUAGGCUUGUAAUGUCCUCAUUGACAUCUUCGUAUACUGCAUAGUGUCCCGCAAGAGCUGACAGACCAUGGUCGGGUCAGCCAUGACAUGACAUACGUUGCCUCGACCUGUGCCGCAAGACAAAAGUACCGAGUCCUAAACCUUCCAGCCGGAUCAGAUCUCAUCGCUUAAGUUGGCCAUGAACAUGGUUGGCCGAAGAACAAGGUGUCUGCGACGAAUGGAGAAACCGAAGGGGAAAAUGGAGUCACUCGCACGUCGUGUGUGUUGUGUGAGUGAUUACCGACCGAGUCAUAAAUAUGGACCUGUCCCUACGGUACACAAGCCGCUUCGAGAUGUUUCUAGAAUGAGUUCGUAUAAAUCUCAGGUGGAGACGUUUCCCGCAUGAAAGCAUAGUUUUUGGUCGGUCGUCUUUCAUGCUGUAAGUUGCAUCUGACAGUGCCUUGUCCUACAGAAGCGCAGCUGACGGGGUUUUUUUUAUUGGGUGGGAGCCUUUUGCUUGUGGACCGUUGCUCAUUGUGUUGCCCGCAGCCAUCGAUUUGCAUUUCUGAAAGGUUGUAAACAGUAUGCAAACGUCGGUUCUACAGCAAUAGCUUUUGCGAGCAUACUGUAGGCUGUGAAAUCCAAUUGCAUCUGGUAUCUGGACUAUGCAUCGUCGCCAUUAGUGAGUCACUUACAGCGGAUGCAUCUAACAACCGUUGAUUGUGCAGAGGUUUACAGCACAAUCUCGAGCUCUGCUCUUGUGGACGUCGUCUUACACAGUUUUUUGUUCAAUCUGAGGCUGGACGACAAAACGGAACUGUCCGAAUAAGAUGUGCAGCCGAUCUAGCAGCAGGCUAUCGAAAUUCCAGUUGUGCGAGAAUCCUCCUACUCCGGAAACUGCUUCGUACGUAUUGAGAGGAAACGAAGAAACUCCUCUGAGGAUUCACGCUCGAUGAGUCAAUCCUUUGUUCCAGCUGUAAGCUCCACAGGAUACGCUGUCAAAGCCAUCAUGACAUGAAUUCAGCUACCGGUUAAGCUUCACUAGAAGGACAAAGAGCAUGUCCAGUCCUAAAGUGCUCGUAGCGUUUGGAAUGAUCUGCCUUAGUGAUCUGGCCGUAUCUGUAUAUACGAUCUGUGCAGAUAUGUUCCAUCCGGGACUGAUUGCAGCCAACUCCUUGGUUGUCUACAAUCGAGGUCUCCGAACACUGCUGCCGCUGUUGCCCAGAACGAAGCAUGAAAGCUUCGUAACCUGGCCUUCGCUAGUUUCUAGGUCUGUGAAUCUUGUCACUUGGAUAAUAUGUUCCAUAUAUUUCAGAAAUAUGAAUAUAAGGCUUGUUUGACAUUCCUGUAUGUUUGAAUAUAGAAUGCAUUAGUAAAAAGGUGAGGAAUGUUUCGGAUGUCAAUCUCGUAUGCAGGUUUCUGUUCAAUUUGGGUAGUUUGGUCUUGGACAUUCCGAACAAGGUACAUAUUAUAUCUAUUAAACCCCUGGAACGGUAGAAGAUCAGCGGGGAUCCAAUUUGUUUGCCUGAGUCUCGAAAAGAGGAAAUAGUUCUUCUAUGAGCUUUAUUUCUUCCGGGUGCUUGCGGACAUCACAAGGUUAGUAUGAUCACAUCAGAGUUUCCACACAGUCUCAUAUUCUACUGUUCAGCUCGUCAACGUGCUGCACAUUGAUUUGAAGCAGUGCCAGUUUCACGCAGGAGAGUGCUGCGAACAUUGCUUGUCAUGCUAACAUUCAUUCAGAGACGAGCACUGUAGGCCCUGUCCCGUGAAGCAGCCCGUUCGUGGCUUCAGAGCUUGUCUGGAGCGGGCAUCGUUGCACUUUCUGGAGCUCGCAACCCUUGAAGUCAGGUCCACAGCAGCUCACGUGAGAAGGGAGCCCGGAGCAGGAAGAGAGAGAGAGGGAGAGAGCAUACAUCCAUGGCUGACUCUCGUUUCGCGAUUCAUGAUGGAUCUUCGGGCUCCCAAAAAGACGAUUCACCCGUGACGUGGUUUCUGUCUGUAGCACCACGUGCCUCAGCCGCAAGCACUAUGUUCUACUUUCUACUGUCAUCCUUAACGCUCCUUACUAUUCCUCCUACGCCAAAAAGCAUUCAUGACAGCUUCGCAGCAGUUGGAAGUGCGGAUUCCGGUAUUCCAAAUUUGCCAACCCACAAAGCAUGACAUGGACGCGUUGAUUGAAGCUUUAGAGUCCAGGUUGUAUCACACCUGAUCGAAUUCUUAUUUCCAGCCGCUAGGCUAGUAUCACAACGACAUGCACCGUAGACAACCAUAACACAGCACUGGAUCCUCGGUUCUUGCUUAAUAAUAAAGCCUGUACAUGAACAAACCAAAUUCUGCAUUCACUGUCUUUGACGUAUGUGAAUAUCCAUCCAGACAGGUCCCGGGGCUUGGAGGAGGGCAACUUGUGUCAGAAAGUCGGAAUGUAGGCAACAUUUUAUUUCGCAAUUUUUUCCCUCUAUUUUUUUUCUUGUGGAGCGUGCACGCCUACGCACAUUUGGCUGCAGAGCACCGACCCAGUGUCUAGAUACAUUAUCUUCGACGGAGCUAUGGGACUGGUAUGUCAUUGCGCUCACCACCUGCAUUCAGAGUAGCCGAUUUCGUGUUUUGAGCCUCAAGGAUGUUUUAGAUGCCUUUAACCUUGCGGUUGAUAAAUUUAUUGCAGAUUAUGUAGUGUGCAUGACAGGAAACGAAACCGGCGGGUGGGUACGUAGACGGAUGUCCAUUGGGCGUUAUAUGUAAUAACGGAUUCGUACAAUUGAUUGUAUAAGAAUCCAAAUGAUUGUUGAUGGAAUGUUCUGCUCACAUAAUGUGCAGGGCAGGGUGCAUCUGAAUGAUAAAGACACAACACUAACAGGUACAUGUCAGAUAUUCAGGUUAUUUAUGUAUCCAAUGACUUCUGUUU